GUUUUCAACAAGCUAAAAGCUCAAGGGAAUGGCGAUCCAUUUGAGACCGCUAUACAAGUCACUUCUCAUUAUCUAAGACACCUAUGGGAGCUCGCUAAGCAAGAGAUUGAGAGAGAGCUUGGUCACGCUUUCAUAGCCGAUGAGAAAUGCUAUAGAUCCGCCCGCACGCAAAGACCCCUCCGGGACACGCAGAUCUCCUUUCAGGGAAGUCUCCAUCGAGAUGAUUUCCGAGCCAGAAGCCGCUGCGCAUGCAGUUCUUGGAGCGCCUAACGUGGUUUUGAGGCCAGAUUUGACUCACACCGGUGAUGUCUUUCUAAUAGCCGAUGCCGGCGGUGGAACAGUCGAUGUAAUUAGCUAUACUGUCAAGAGACUCAAGCCAUUGGAGUUGGAAGAGUGUGUUGUUGGAAAAGGUGGUCUUUGUGGUUCUAUCUUCAUAGAUGAGGAGUUCGAUAUCCUUCUUGAAACUGAGAUUGCUGAAUGGCUCGCAUUGGAACCGCACCUUAAGCGGAGGUUCAAAGGCAACGGAUGGGAGCACAGUAUAAAACGAAUUUUCGACCCCUUCGAUCCUAAGAUAGCAACGCCCACCUACGAAGUUGAAAUCCCAACAAUCGGAUUACAUGAAUUCUCUAGGUAAGCAUGCAAAGCAUUUCGCUGGGAAGAUGCUAAUUGUGUAGUGAUCAAAUUGACCAUGUUUUUCAACCGGCUUGUAACGGAGCUAGAGGUUUGAUUCAUGAGCAAGUGUGCGAGAUACGUAAGAAGACGAAGAAAAAUCCGAAGGUGGGUAGUGAUGUGCGACUGCUGUCAUGAUUUGUACUAACAGUUGACGUUAAUAAGGCAAUUAUCCUUGUUGGCGGUCUUGGGACCUCAAAAUA